CAAAUGCAUACAUCAAAGCAGUUUAUGACCUCAGUUUUCUAAUUGACCUUCGGCUCAGAAUGUUUCCGUACCACAGUGACCUCAUUUUCCACCUUAGCCCACAUGGUUUCAGAUACAGAAAAGCACGUCAGGUGACCCUCAGUCAUACAGAGGAAGUUAUAAGAAAGAGGCGAGAAGCACUAAAGGAAGAGAAGGAGCUUGGACAAAUACAGGCAAAGAGAUAUUUGGACUUUCUGGACAUCCUUCUCUUUGCAAGAGAUGAGAACCAGCAGGGUCUGUCAGAUGAAGAUAUGCGGGCAGAA